UUAACUUUAAAUAUAUUAUCAAAUGUGGAUCAACUGGUGACAUAUAAUCCUUUGAUACCUUACGCCUUCCCCUGCCACCCCCGCCAACGCCACGCCACCUCCCCGCGCGGCUUGAUCCGGCGAAUGGCGUCGGCGCGGCACCUCCUGCAGACCAACUCCGGCCAGUACCCCACCAUCCCGGCCGCCGAGCCCCCGAACCCUCUCGUCGUCGACUCCAACGUGGCCGUCAUCCUGGCCGCGCUCCUCUGCGCGCUCAUCUGCGUCGUGGGCCUCGCCGCCGUCGCCCGAUGCGCGCGAGCCCGCGGCGGCGGCGGCGGCGAGGCGUCAGCGAGCAAGGGGCUCGGGAAGAAGGCGCUCCGGGCGCUGCCGAAGCUGGCCUACGGGGACGCCGUGGCGGCUGCUAUCGCGGCGCGCGGGGGCGCGUCAGUGGCCGGGGAGGAGAAGAUCCUGGCGGAGUGCGCCAUCUGCCUGUCAGAGUUCACCGAGAAGGAGGAGAUCCGCGUGCUGCCGCAGUGCGGGCACGGCUUCCACGUCGCGUGCGUCGACACCUGGCUCGGCGCCCACUCCUCCUGCCCAUCCUGCCGCCGCGUCCUCGUCGUCGACGCACCACCCAAGCGGUGCUGCAAGUGCGAAGCCGCCAUGGAGGAGGCCUCCUCCUCCUCGUCGUCGGCGGCGGCGGCGACGGGGCCGCCGGUUCUGCCUUGACUUGAUCAAGCAAUUGGGUCCCGGUUGACAUCGGCAAUCUUUAGCUGCCAGCCUGCCACUUCACCCUCUGUAGCCCACAGCUCAGUGAGGUACUUCGUUCCACUCCACUGGAGAGCACUUGUUCUUUCUCUUUUCUUUCCGAGGAUUUCGAUUCCGGUGGUACUAGAGAGAUGUUGAUAGCUUACCAGAUUAUGUGGUCGAUGAUUUUGAUGCUGUAAAACUUCACUUUGGUCAAUCACGUUGAUGGGGAAGAGAAGGUGGGUUAAACGUGUCUGUAAAUACUUGUUCAGGAACGGGUAAAAACAUCGUAAGGAGAUCCUCUUAAACAUCGUAGGGACUAGGGAGAUGUGAAACUCAAAAGCAACUUCCCAUGUGGAAUUUCAGUAAGCAUUUGUUUAUGUAAGCAUAUGUUCUUGAGAAUCUGUAACAUGAGUCGCAAUUAAGUUCACUUCGUCGCCAGUGAAUCUGGAGUAAUGUA